AUGGAAUCAAAUGGAACGCGCAAAGGGCCGCUGCCUGGAGGUCGCCAGGGCGCGUCUGGAGCUGGCGCUGGACGCGACAGCAUGCGAACCGCCAGCCGAGCGCGAGGUGCUGCACGACCACCCAGCAGCUCCUCGCAUCCAUCAUCCCCACCAGCUGGCUUGGUGUCGGCAGGGUCUUCGCGGGCUCAGCAAUCGGCACCCGCCACUGGUGGAGUACGCCGCAUGCGUUGGACAACCCAGAUGAACAGCAACGCAUUGCGGGCGUAUUUUAGGGCGAAAGGGGGAGAAACUGGAGGUUUUGCAUAUCGGGCAAGGAUGCAUCGACUUUUUGCUGAGCUGGAGCCAUCUGUAACCGUCACCGAGCAAAACCUGGCAGACCGAGUUCGGUAUAUCUUGCGCUCAAAUACAUUUGAUGUCACCGAACUCGAACGGCUACGACGUGAGGCUGUUCCUUCAUCGGGUGAAAUGCUGCGGCUGAGGAUGCGGCGCCACAACUUGCCGAGCAAACGGCAAAUGUGGAUGCCGCCGUGA